AACACGAAGAAGUUUGUUUUGUUUACUCUAGAAGUAUAGACAGUUUUAAAACUUUAGCAUUUAUGUGUAGUAACUGGACAAUUCUGAACUUUGAUUGCAUUCGAAUAAAUGAAUCUAGAGAAGUGAGAUGGCGUUUGUUAGCGACAACCUUGAUCAGUGUAGUUUUUGCUACAAUAAAAACGAUCAGAAAUUCCAUCAUUUGCUGGUCCCUUCUCAGCAAGAGCAGAAGCUAAAACCAAUCCUUCUGAAGUUAAGCAGUUUCACUCCCCAGCUGAGCAGUUAUCUUAUAUGCGAUAAAUGCCGCCAUAAAUGCAUAACCAUCCAUGGCAUCCCCGAGAGCUGCUUCCAAAUUUUGCCCAUCGCCGAACCAAAUGACAUCAAGAUGGAACCAGAAUUAAUGAUUGAUGACAACGAUCCGCCGUAUAAUGAAAAUAUUUUUGAGAGAGACUCUAUCGUGGAUUUUGGGCCGAUCGAACAGGAUGACGAAAUGCAAAUCAAAAGCGCAAACGGAGAAGUAUUCUUCGUCAGCGAAGUGGACAAAGAUGGCCAUCGGCCAUUAAUUCCAAAUGCUGAAACAAAUACACAAAGAACAGUUGAAUUGGAUGCUACCGCGGAGGAAGGAGGGUUACCGUUUAAAUGUGAAAAGUGUGGUAAAACAUUAGUUUCAAAAGCCGGACUAAAACUGCACCUUCGAAUUCAUACGGGUGACCGUCCCUAUUCUUGUCCACAUUGUCCGAAGACGUUUGUAAGACCUUCAGUGCUCCAAUGCCACAUUCGAACUCAUACGGGUGAGCGUCCCUAUUCGUGUCCACAUUGUCAGAAGGGAUUCGCACAUAGUUCACAUUUUCGAAAGCACAUUCGAUCUCAUUCGGAUAAGCGUCCUUUUUCUUGUCCACACUGUCCGAAAGCGUUUAAGGAACCUUCAGCACUCCGAGAUCACAAUCGAGUUCAUACGGGAGAACGACCCUAUUCUUGUCUACAUUGUCCGAAGACGUUUACGAAAUCUAUAGAGUUCAAACAUCACAUUCGAACUCAUACGGAUGAACGUUUAAGGAAAAGUUAUUUGGAUUUGGACGAGAGUUUGAUGAAGGACCAGAUCCAAUUACAUACGGGAGAGGAACUACUUAAAUGUGAAAAGUGUGAAAAAACAUUUUUCUCAAAAUAUAGACUAAAAGACCACGCUAGGUCUCAUACGGACGAACGUCCCUAUUCUUGUCCACAUUGUCCGAAGGCGUUUAAAACAUCUUCAGUACUCCAACGCCACAUUCGAAUUCACACGGACGAACAUCCUUAUUCUUGUCCGCAUUGUCCGAAAACGUUCAAGGAACGUUUAUCACUCCGAGAUCACAUUCGAAUUCACACGGGAGAAGGUCCCUAUUCUUGUCUACAUUGUCCCAAGACUUUUAUGAAGUCUAGAGCAUUCAAACGGCACACUCGAACUCAUACGGAACCACCUAAAUGUGAAAAAUGUGAAAAAACAUUUGUCUCAAAAUAUAGACUAAAAGUGCACGUUCGAACUCAUACGGAUGAAUGUUCCUAACGGGGAUCUUCGUAGCAUCAAUUGUUACGUGUUCGCUUACUAAGCGAUCGAUCGUGAGUUCAAAACUCAGAGCCUUCAAUUGAUCAUUUUCGUGCGCUAAUAUAGUGGUGGAGAUCGAUUCACGGUCGGAGUCCUGGCCUCUCUCCAUCCACACAUGCUCUGCUGCUUGCAACAAGAUGCAUCCGACUGUUUUUGUUAUUGAUAAUACAACAAAUCUAUCAGCUGUCUCCGUUGUCCGCUCCAACUGAACAAUGGAACAGUAAGAAUACUUUUACACCGAAAAGUACAAUUUACCAUAUAUAUAUCGAUACGAUAAACAUCUCACAUGUACACGGUUAAAUCAAGCUCUGUAACAGCUGAAAUG